GUUUAAAGUGCAGCUUGAAUCUCUCGAUUUUCAAGGCACCCAGAAACGCGCGCCAUUGCUUUCUCGCUUUCUCGCCUCACAAACACAAUGACCAUACAUAACCUUUAUAUCUUUGACCGACACUGUCAAUGCAUCUACUUUCAGAAAUGGAACCAUAAGACGAAUCCUACAACGGGCCCCAACAGCAGCGGCACCAGUCAUCCCGGCAGCAGCACCACUGGCCUUGGUGGCAUUAGCAGCAGCAGUCGACUUGGUCUAACUACAUCAUCGCGUUUCUCGGCCUCAAGUCCUGGUUCAUCGUCUCCUGAUCCGAGCAAUAGCAGCACCAACACUCCACCUGCAACUUCUUCUGUCAUGCGCAGUGGCGAUGGUCAAACACAACCUACUAUGAGCGGCUUAGCGGCUGGAAGCGUCAUCUCUAUUGAAGAAGAAGCCAAACUAGUGUAUGGUGUUAUUUAUUCCUUACGCAACUUUGUUCGCAAGCUUAGCUCAAAUCAAGACGAGUUUAUCUCUUACAAAACAUCGACGUAUCGAUUGCAUUAUUACGAGACGCCCACCGGACUUAAAUUUGUCAUGAAUUCGGAUGCCAACACGGAAUCGUUACGAGCAGUGCUCAAGCAGAUCUAUGUACAGCUUUAUGUCGAGUUCGUGGUCAAGAAUGGUCUGAUGAAGUUUGAUGAUACACGUUGGGAAAUCAGUCAAGGUUUCAUACCAUCAGAACAGCAACAACAGCAGCAGCAGCAACAUCAGGAUGGUAGCACUCAAGGAGCAGUAUCUACAACAACAAAGACAGCGCCACCGCCACCAGGAAACAUCAGUAAUGAGCUCUUUCGUAUAGCUGUGGAUCGGUUUAUUCGUAGCUUGCCUGUUUUUGAAUAAUAAUUACAAUGUAAAACUGUUAACAAGUACACCGCCAGUCUCUUCUAGCACCGUCACCGUCCGUCACCAUGUACCAGACAUUAACUACUACUGCCAUCCCCAGCCACAUACAAUCCAGUAAAACGAAUAAGAAUUGUAUUACAAUCUACACACAUGUACAGAUUCUUUUGCAUCUUUGUGGAUAAUAGCUAAUCGUAAAACAACAAGCAGGU